AUGGGAAAAGUAAUAGGUAUAGAUUUAGGAACAACAAAUUCCUGCGUCGCAGUAAUGGAAGGACAAAGACCAAAAGUUAUAGAAAACGCUGAAGGUGUGAGAACCACUCCUUCAAUGGUAGGAUUUAGUAAUGCUGGAGAAAAAUUAAUUGGCGAGGCUGCAAAACGUCAAGCUGUUACUAAUGCGAAAAACACUUUUUAUGGUACUAAACGUCUAAUCGGUAGACGCUUUACUGAUCCUAUGGUGAGAAAAGAUCAAGGUAUAGUACCGUUUAACAUAGUAGAAGCUAAUAAUAAGGAUGCUUGGCUUGAGGCUAAAGGAGAAAAAUAUUCUCCAAGUCAAAUUAGCGCUUAUAUUCUCCAGAAAAUGAAGGAGACAGCAGAAAAUUAUCUCGGUGAGAAGGUAACGAAAGCGGUAAUUACAGUGCCUGCAUAUUUUAAUGAUGCUCAACGUCAAGCAACAAAAGACGCAGGAAAAAUUGCUGGUUUAGAAGUUUUAAGAAUAAUUAAUGAACCAACAGCCGCAGCUUUAGCAUAUGGUUUUGACAAAACUGAUAGUAAAAUAAUUGCCGUUUAUGACCUGGGUGGUGGUACAUUUGACAUAUCUAUUCUAGAAAUA